UUUCUCUUUCGUCCUUCAAGUUCCUCGCAUCUGCUCAAAAAGCUUUCACCGUGACUCUGCGCCGCCGCCGGAGGCUAAUAACAUCCGUUAGGGUUUCAUUCACAAUGGACGCGUUUAGAGAUUCGAUACUGCAGCGAGGUCCGAUCGAAAGAUUUGCUCUCAAAACCGUUCAAGAUUUCAUACAACCUCAGAGACAAACAAAGUUGGCUCAAGAUGAGAAUCAGAUGCUUGAGAACAUGCUCCGGACAUUGCUUCAACACCUUGUGGCUUCUGCUGCACAAUCAGGAGAGCAGAUCAUGCAGUAUGGUCAGUUGAUUGAUGAUGAUGAUGAUGAUAAAAAUGUACAUGGACAUGGACAGAUUCCACAUCUUCUAGAUGUGGUGCUUUAUCUAUGUGAGAAGGAGCAUGUGGAAGGUGGGAUGAUAUUCCAGCUGCUGGAGGAUUUGACUGAGAUGUCUACCAUGAAGAACUGUAAAGAUGUUUUUGGUUAUAUUGAAAGCAAACAAGAUAUACUGGGAAAGCAAGAGCUCUUUGCACGUGGGAAACUUGUUAUGUUGAGGACUUGCAACCAACUUCUCCGGCGACUCUCGAAGGCUAAUGAUGUGGUGUUUUGUGGAAGGAUUCUUAUGUUUCUGGCUCACUUUUUUCCGUUAUCCGAGCGCUCAGCUGUGAACAUAAAAGGUGUUUUCAAUACAUCUAAUGAAACCAAAUACGAAAAAGAUCCUCCAAAAGGAAUUUCUGUAGAUUUCAACUUCUACAAGACAUUUUGGAGUUUACAGGAGUAUUUCUGUAAUCCCGCUUCUCUUACUACCGCAUCUACCAAGUGGCAGAAGUUUUCAUCUAGUUUGGCGGUUGUGUUAAACACCUUUGAUGCUCAACCACUAAGCGAAGAAGAAGGAGAGGCUAACAGCUUGGAGGAAGAGGCUGCAACUUUUAAUAUAAAAUACCUAACAAGUAGCAAAUUAAUGGGUUUAGAGUUGAAGGAUUCGAGUUUCCGAAGACAUAUUCUUCUCCAGUGCCUCAUUCUGUUUGACUACUUGAGGGCACCAGGAAAGAACGACAAAGAUCUGCCAUCUGAAACCAUGAAGGAAGAACUCAAGUCAUGUGAGGAUCGUGUCAAGAAACUGCUUGAGAUAACUCCCCCUAAAGGGAAAGAGUUUCUCCGUGCAGUUGAGCAUAUACUGGAGCGUGAAAAGAAUUGGGUGUGGUGGAAACGUGAUGGAUGCCCGCCAUUUGAAAAGCAACCGAUAGAGAACAAAUCAGCCAUUGCAGGACAAAAGAGACGGAGGCAAAGAUGGAGAUUGGGAAAUAUAGAACUCUCCCAACUCUGGAGAUGGGCUGAACAAAAUCCGAAUGCUGAGAAAGAUGCUCAACGUGUAAAAACCCCAGACAUUGCAGACUACUGGAAACCAUUAGCAGAAGAUAUGGAUCCAUCAGCUGGCAUAGAGGAUGCGUACCAUCAUAAAAACAAUAGAGUAUAUUGCUGGAAAGGUCUUCGGUUUGCAGCUCGGCAAGACCUAGAAGGAUUCUCUAGGUUUACUGAUUUGGGAAUUGAAGGAGUUGUCCCUGUUGAGCUAUUGCCACCUGAGGUCCGGUCCAAGUACCAAGCUAAACCGAACGAGAAAGCCAAACGUGCUAAGAAGGAUGAAACCAAAGGUGGAUCUCUGGAAGAAGAAACCAAAGCGGUAUCAGCAGAGGGAGCCCUGGUUGGUGGUUCUACUAGUGAAGCUGAAGGUGAAGUUGGAAGAGGCGAAUCAGAGGCGAUGGAGAGUGAUGCUAUUGCAGACACUCCUACCCCUGAGGAACAACAAAGACUCGGUGGUUCUGACACUGACAACGGUCAAGAGGCCGGUCAGAUCGAAGAGGCGGAGACAGAGGAAGGUGGUUUGAUGGAUACUGAUCUUAAUCAUCCUCCAAUGCCUAUUUCUUGAGCUAGCUUUCAGUCUGUGAACCCUUUCUUUAAUGACGAUUCCUUUGGAUAAAUGUAUUUAUGUUUUAUCAAAUUAUGAUCAAGAGCGACUGUUUUAAAUAAGUUUCACAUGUAGUAAAUUAUGUUGCUAUUUGCAUCAAAAUUUUGUUGCAUGUAAAAUUUGAAACG